GUGGGCAAACGUUUGGUUAACGCUGGAGGGAGAUUUGAGAGGCGCGUGCAGCACAGUCGGCCGCAAACUUGUCUGAGGACAUUUCGUGCUCUAUUUUCCUCCGUUAAAGUUAUAUUGUUUUAUCUCUCGGCAUCAUGGAGUCAAACAGUGACAUUAAAACGACACCGAAAGGCUUUCACUGUACACUCUGCAAUGUCAGUUUACCGAACCUUCCUAGUCUGGAGCAGCACGUGAAGGGGCGCAAACACCAGACACUGAGCACUGUGCGACACUCAAGGAAGACCCAGGAGGAGCACAGUGUGUUCGUCAGUGGCAUCAAGCCUGAAGUCUCUCAGACUGAGUUAGCAGACUACUUCCAGAAGUUUGGCUCAGUCUCAGAUGUCAUCAUGGACAAAGACAAGGGUCUGUACGCCAUCGUGCAGUUCAGCGAGAAGGAGAGUAUACAGGCCACCCUCUCCUGUGUCGAGCACCAGAUGAAGGGCCUGAAGCUGCGCAUCAAACCGAGAGAGAAGAAAGAAUUCAAGUUGAUUCCCAAGAAGAGCGUCUCCGACAAACAAGUUCUCGACCGUCUCAAACCUCAACUGUGUCAGUUAGUGUCUGUCGAUGCACAGAUGCAGUUUGUUGUCGAGCGAUUUCAGCUCGGAGAAAAUGAAAAGAAGACCAGAGGCUUGCUGGUUCAACUGCUGCAAGAGGUUUUCGUUGAGUUUUUUCCAGACAGCCAGAUUGUCCCAUUUGGUUCAUCCGUCAACACUUUCGGCGUCCACUCCUGCGACUUGGACCUUUUCCUGGACCUGGAAAAAACCAAGAUGUUCCAGGCUCAUGCCAAGUUCACCACAGAACUGGAAAGGGGGGAGGGCAUGUCAGAUGACGGUCGCUCCGAGGACUCCAUCCUGUCUGACAUUGACUUGUCCACGGCUUCACCGGCUGAGGUCCUGGACCUUGUGGCUAUGAUCCUGAAGCGCUGUGUCCCCAGCGUGCACAAAGUAAACGUGGUCAGCAGCGCUCGCCUCCCUGUGGUCAAGUUCCAUCACCGUGAACUCAAUCUUCAAGGGGACAUCACUUUAAACAACAGACUGGCUGUAAGGAACACCCGUUUCCUCCAGCUCUGCUCAGGGAUUGAGGACAGACUGAGACCUCUGGUGUACACCAUCCGCUACUGGGCCAAGCAGAAACAGCUGGCUGGUAAUCCCAGCGGCGCCGGUCCUCUUCUCAACAACUAUGCCCUGACGCUGUUGAUCAUCUUCUACCUGCAGAACUGUGAGCCUCCUGUUCUCUCCACAGUGGACCAACUCAAAGACAUGGCCUGUGAAGAGGAAGAAUGUGUGAUUGAGGGCUGGAACUGCACCUUCCCCACUCAGCCUAUUGCAGUGCCCAUCAGCAAAAAUACACAGAGCCACAGCACUCUGCUUUCUGGCUUCUUCUCCUUCUAUGCUAAGUUUGAUUUUGCUGGUAGCGUCAUAUCUGUGAGGGAAGGACGUACUUUCCCUAUCACCGAUUUCCUGAGCAAGAAUAAAGACGAGGAGGCCACACAAGAGCCCAGUAGGAUCCAUCACCACAGUCCCAAACUGGGCCCCUUAAAUCUCCUGGACCCUUUUGAACUGUCCCACAACGUAGCCGGAAAUCUGAAUGAUCGCACGCAGCGUUGCUUCCAGAAGGAGUGCCAGGAGGCUGAGAAGUAUUGCCGCAGCCUGCAGUACCAGCGCAAAUCCACCAAAGGGAAGUCGUGGGGCCUGGUGCGCUUAUUCACCCCCCAUGGGGAAGUCCCGCAUACCAAAGUGGAGCAGCUGACCAUUAGCGUUCCCUUCAAAUCAGCGCUUCUCCCUGAAGCGCUGCGUAAUCAGCUGCACGCGGCGGGAGAUGGUUUCCGGCUGCUCUGGUUUCAGAAGGUUUGCGCUGCUGUGGAAAGUGUUCUCAAAAAUGUUCUCAGGUGUCACGUGACUCCUCCCACAAAUUUCAGCACGGGUGAGGAUUGGGCUGUAAAUGCUGCAGAGGAAAUGGAGACAACCUCUUCUUCCCUGAGCACAUCAUUGAAUGACAGCUAUGACAGCGUCGAAUCCCAAAACGAAGCCAGCCCCGCGGGCACAGCUGUGGUCGGUGCCAAGAGGCCGCUGUCUCCUGACAUAGACGCAUCUGUGUCACCUCAAGGCAAAAAGCAAAGGCUGACGAGAAGAGGCAAACCGAAACUCCCAGCCUGGACCUGUUUGCAGAGGCACAUGGUGUGGGCUGGGAGGAGGAAAGUGAGAAGAGAACUCAUCAAAGACCCGGACGCGAGGCCGGAGGGCAGCUGCGUGCAGGUGGAGUCCCGGGUCACGGCUCACAUCAUUGAGAAAGAGCCAGAGCUCAAGGAGCCGCUGGAGUUCAAGGUCGAGCCGCAGGUGGUGGGUGAGACGGAGAGCACAAAGGCAGUGCUCCACCUAGAGCCAACCAGUGACAAUGCAGGUCUUUUUAAUAACUUCUUUCAUUUCCUCGACGCCUUUUUACCCAAGAUGGUGGAGACGUUACUACAGAAUGAAACGGGUGUUGUUUAAGAGGAGCCACCUGUUUGUCAUAAGUUGGACUGAGACUUUUUUUGUUUAUUUAUUUUCAAUGAGAUAUUACUGCUGCAUUAAUGAUCCUUUGAGAGUGGAACACAAAAAAAGGCACUUGUGGCUAAACAAGUCGACCGCGAUACUGUAAGAUUAUGUGUUUGGGCUCCGUCCUGAGUUUUUCUUUCAUGUGUAUUGUAUAUAUUAUUAUACCUUUUUAUAUAAUGAGUUUGUUUCAAAGUUAGAUUUUCUAAUCAAGCCUACUAUUUUUGUUUGUGGUGUGACUUGUUUAAGUGAAUUUCUGUUUAUAGUUAAUAAUAAAACUCUGAAGGGAAACUGCAGUGGCAGAUAAAUCAUGUGCAUAGCACCUGUUGUCUUCAAACGAAUAAAAAAAAAAAGUAAUUGUUAA